CAGUAGUAAAUACAAUAUUAAUUACAACAAUUAUAAAUGAUGCUUUGAAACCAAACAACUAUGGAAGUAGCAAAAGUUUCUUUCACCGUUAUGAAAUAUUUUGGAAUUUGGCGACCAAAAUCGUGGACUUCAGAAUGGUCCAUACAAUUGUAUAGAUUGUACAGUGUCUUUAAUAUCACAUUGUUUUUGACAUUCUCAGUCUCAAUAUUAAUUCACAUAAUAAACAGUUCCGAGAGUGUUGACACACUGACAGAAUCAUUAAUUGUAUUUCUAACGUCCUGCUCGUCAUGGGUGAAAAUUGUCAUAAUUCUGCUGAACCGCAAGAAAAUUAUUCAGUUCGAUGAUAUGUUUACUGAAAAGUGUUGCAGACCACGCGACAAUCAAGAAACACAAAUACAACAAGCUUUUGAUUAUAUUGACAGGUUCAGCAAUAAAAUUUAAUUUUUAUUUUUAUAAAUAAAUAACUAAUGUUGAUGAACAUCUUGAGA